CCAGCGCGCCUUGUGGGAGCUGCNGCGGCGUCGGUGCGGCGGAGCCCGGGGCCGGCGCUAGCGCGCCUGGAGGGCCGCGAGUUCGAGUUCCUCAUGCGCCAGCCCACCGUCACCAUCGGCCGCAACUCGUCGCAGGGCUCGGUGGACCUGAGCAUGGGCCUGUCGAGCUUCAUCUCGCGGCGCCACCUGCAGAUCAGCUUCCAGGAGCCGCACUUCUUCCUGCGCUGCCUCGGCAAGAACGGCGUGUUCGUGGACGGGGCCUUCCAGCGGCGCGGCGCGCCCGCCCUGCAGCUGCCCCCGCGGUGCACCCUCCGGUUUCCCAGCACCGCCAUCAAGAUCCAGUUCACAUCACUGUACCACAAAGAGGAAGCCCCGGCGUCCCCCCUCCGGCCACUCUACCCCCAGAUCUCCCCACUCAAGAUCCACAUUCCGGAGCCGGACCUCCGGACCAUGGUCAGCCCCGUGCCCUCCCCGACUGGCACCAUCAGUGUCCCCAACUCCUGUCCAGCCAGUCCACGCGGGGCGGGCUCCUCCUCCUACCGUUUCGUCCAGAACGUGACCUCGGACCUGCAGCUGGCAGCAGAAUUCGCGGCCAAGGCUGCGUCAGAGCAGCAGGCCGAUGCCUCUGGAGGGGACAGCCCAAAGGACGAGUCGAAGCCCCCGUACUCAUACGCCCAGCUCAUCGUCCAGGCCAUCUCCUCGGCGCAGGACAGACAGCUGACGCUAAGCGGAAUCUACGCGCACAUCACCAAGCAUUACCCCUACUACCGCACUGCCGACAAAGGCUGGCAGAAUUCCAUCCGACACAACCUCUCUCUGAACCGCUACUUCAUCAAAGUCCCUCGCUCCCAGGAGGAGCCCGGGAAGGGUUCCUUUUGGCGGAUAGACCCCGCCUCUGAAGCCAAACUCGUGGAGCAGGCCUUUCGGAAACGGAGGCAGAGGGGCGUCUCCUGCUUCCGGACCCCCUUUGGGCCCCUGUCGUCCAGGAGCGCCCCCGCCUCGCCCACCCACCCGGGGCUCAUGUCUCCGCGCUCCAGUGGCCUGCAGACCCCAGAGUGCCUGUCCCGGGAAGGCUCGCCCGUUCCUCAUGACCCCGACUUCAGCUCCAAGCUGGCCUCGGUGCCCGAGUACCGGUAUUCGCAGAGUGCACCUGGCUCGCCGGUCAGUGCCCAGCCAGUCAUCAUGACAGUGCCUCCCCGGCCAUCCAGCCUCGUGGCCAAGCCCGUGGCCUACAUGCCAGCCUCCCUCGUGGCCUCCCAGCAGCCCUCAGGCCACGCCAUCCAUGUGGUACAGCCGGCACCCACUGUCACCAUGGUCAGAGUGGUCCCCACACCCGCCAGCUCCGCCAAUGGCUACAUCCUGGCCAGCCAGGGCGUGGCCAGCAGCACGCACGACACCCCAGGCACGGCUGUGCUGGAUCUGGGCAGCGAGGCCAGAGGCCUGGAGGAGAAGCCCACUAUCGCCUUUGCCACUAUCCCUGCUGCCAGCCGAGUCAUCCAGACGGUGGCUAGCCAGAUGGCCCCAGGCGUCUCCGGACACACGGUCACCAUCCUGCAGCCAGCCACGCCGGUGACCCUUGGUCAGCACCACCUGCCGGUACGAGCCAUCACACAGAAUGGGAAGCACACCGCCCCCCCCAGUGGCCUGGCCAGCAGCGCUUACGCCCUCACGAGCCCCCUCCAGCUCCUUGCCACCCAGGCCAGCUCAUCCACUCCUGUGGUGGUCACCCGCGUAUGUGAGGUGGGGCCCGAGGAGCCGCCACCUCCUGUGAUGGCCACAGCUAGCACCCCCACUGCCACCACACCCACAGCUGCGCCCUCCCCAAGCGGGGAGCCUGAGGUGAAGCGGUCCCGCGUGGACGAGCCCAGCGGAGCAGCGGCCAUGCAGACAGGCGUGAUCACCACCGCCGGCCCUGGGGGCUCGAGCUCUGGAGAGUGA